UCUCUCCUGCCACAGUGGGAGGACGAGCUACGCAGUAAAACCUCUCUUUCCUUUACAGUAUACUACGGAUCACAAGGAUCUCGCACACCGACAAGGGAAGAGUUGGAGAGUGUCGACGUUGUUGUGACAACAUACGGGACCAUUCAAGGGGAAACUAAACGCAAGAAUCCCAUUUUGGCAAAAUGCCGGUGGCUUCGUGUUGUGCUCGACGAAGCUCACUGUAUUCGGAAUCAGCAAACGCUGGCCUCCAAGGUAUGCUGCGAACUCUCAGCGAGGCACCGAUGGUGUGUCAGUGGGACGAUUAUUCAAAAUUCACUGGAUGACGUGUAUGGAGUGAUAAAGUUUCUUCGGCACGAACCAUGGUGCAUUCCAGGCUUCUGGAAA